CGCUCCGCUCAGUCCUGCCGCCGCCCUGGCCGGGACUACGCUUCCCAGGGGUCGUUGCGGUGGCCGCCCACGCCCACUUCCGGUGGCGGCCCCGGGCCCGGGUUCAGGCGGCUGGCGGGGUCGGGGCCUCGGCGGCGGUGGUAGGCGCGGGGCGGGGUGGCGCGGGGCGGGGCGCGCCCGCGGUGGGUGGAGGGAAAGAGCCAGCUCGCCGCGCCGACAUGCAGGCGGUGGCGAGUGCGGGCAGGGGCGCGCGGGCCCGCGGGCGGGGGUCCCCACCGCGGCGCGGCGCUCCCCGCACAAAGCCCGGGGGGGGCCGAGGCCGGACUGCGGGGACCCCGGCUGCCUUCGCCCGCCCUGGCCGGGGAAGGCCGCGCGCGAGAAAUGGCUCCCCCUUCAGAGGCCAACGAGGAGUGGUGACCGCGGGGCCUGAGAACCGAGCUCUUCCUUACAGGGACACUGCCCUUCUCCAGGAGAAGAGGCAGAAACAGGAGGCAGCAGGGACAAGAGCUGAACUAAGAGCCAUGUCUCAGAGCUUGGUGACAUUUGGGGAUGUGGCCGUAGACUUCUCCCGGGAGGAGUGGGAGUGGCUGAGCUCUGCUCAGAGGACUCUGUACCGGACCGUGAUGCUGGAGAACUACAGGAACCUGGUGUCGCUGGGACUUUGCAUUUCUAAGCCCGAUAUGAUCUCCUCAUUGGAACAGAGGAAGGAGCCCUGGAUGGCGAAGAGAAAGUUGACAAGAGGCCGGUGCCCAGAUUUGAAGAUUGUCCCAGAGAUCAAGGAGUUGCCUGCAAAGAAGGACAUCACUAAAGAGAAGUUACCCCAGGCAGUGAUAAUGGGGAGACUCACAAACUACAGUCUGGAAUGUUCCAUUUUAGGGGAAAACUGGGAUUAUGGUGCCCUGUUCGAGAGGCAGCCCGGCCUGGUGGCCAUCGCAAAUGUGGCUGUAGACUUCUCCCAGCAGCUGGACCCAGCUCGGAAGAGCGUCUGUAAGAAUGUGAGAUGGGAGAGCCAUGGUGACCUGGGGUCAGUAGGACCCUGUGUUUCUAAACCCGAUUUGGUCUCUCUGCUGGAGCAGGGGAGGGAGCCGUGGCUGGUGCGAACAGAGCUGACCAGGGGCCUGUGCCCAGCCACUCCUGUUGCCUCAGUUCCCUGCAUGCCCUGUCCUGACCCCAGUGUACUUUUGAGCUGUUCUUUGUGACCACCAGCCCACCUAUUUGACGAUGCGUCCAGUCCUGUACGAACCCCAACCGGAAAGUCAUUUGAGGGAGCCCUUGUGCUUGGCAU